AUGGCUGAAGCAGUAGCUGCAGGUCUGGCUUACAAUGUACCGGGUGAGUAUUUAUAUAUCGGAGCAGCUGUUUUUGUUGUCAUCUUCUGCGGUAUCGAGAUGGGAAAGCCUGAUAAGGCUCAUAAUUUUGAGCCUGGAAUUUACAAUAUGGAAAGAGGAGCUCGCGAUAAGUUGAUAGCCGAUUACAACACUAUGGACAUCUGGGAUUUCAAUGAGAAGACUUAUUCUUGGUUGUUUCUUCCAGCAGUAGCUGCAGGUCUGGAUUACAAUGUACCGGGUGAGUAUUUAUAUAUCGGAGCAGCUGUUUUUGUUGUCAUCUUCUGCGGUAUCGAGAUGGGAAAGCCUGAUAAGGCUCAUAAUUUUGAGCCUGGAAUUUACAAUAUGGAAAGAGGAGCUCGCGAUAAGUUGAUAGCCGAUUACAACACUAUGGACAUCUGGGAUUUCAAUGAGAAGUAUGCAUUUUAG